AUGUUACAGGUCGGCGUGGUCUGCUUUGUUCGUGCCGAAGCACAUCCGGGCUGCAUCUUGUUGGGUCGUCGACUUGCGCGCCACAGCGACGGCAAUCCGAAGGGUCAAGGCACGUUUGCUGCACCAGGCGGACACUUGGAAUUUGGGGAGGAUAUUAUCACUGCCGCCCAGCGGGAGGUGCGCGAAGAAUGUGGCGUGAGCUUGCAUAAUGCUGCACUGUCAGCCACCUUCAACGUGAUUGAUGCGCCGAGUCACUAUCACUUUAUCGUCUUGGCCGUUGUUGGUGACAUUCACGAGGUGAGCAGUCGCGAGCCCGUCAAUGCAGAGCCCUCCAAAUGUGAGGGCUGGUUUUGGCACGAGUGGCAGCAGCCUUUGCCCCAACCCACGUUCCAGAGCCUCGUCGUUGCGCGCGACCAAGCCUUUUCGCCAUUUUAG